AUGGUUUGGAAAAGCAAAUCACCUCGGAUUGAGGCUAAGCCGUCAACUUUCAGACAGCUUCUACCUCUCCUGAUCCUCCUCAUUGUCGUUGGCGGCGCCGGGUUCGUUGGUUACCAGAUCUACCUUAGCGUCGCCAAGAUUCGGGAAAGUACCGAGAAGCGCAUGGCCAAGAAGAACGUAAUCUUCACGAAGGAUGGACUCAAAGUUGGCGUUAAGCACGUCGAGCAAGAGCGCUACGUCGACGCGACACAGAGUUGGGUUGUUAAGGCCUGGAAUAUGAGCACUCCCAAUCCACCUGCAGUUAAGAGAAGAUAA